AUGGGUGUGGAGGCUAGAAACACAAUUUUAGUAGCCUAUUUAGAAAAAUCCAUUUUCGUAAGGAAUGUGGGAAAAGCGAAAUCAUCUCUUUUCAAAAUGAUGCGAGGAUACAGACCGUCUCCCGUCUCCAACAGCACUAUGUCCUUCUGUGGCACUGAUAACUCCUCAGCGUAUAAAGUUGAUAAUGGUCUACUGAAUAACGGCUGCUUUUUGGAUGCUCUAGGUGUCGUUCCACAUGUAUUCUUACUGUUUAGCACUUUCCCCAUCCUCUUCAUAGGUUGGGGUAGUCAGAGCUCUAAGGUUCACAUUCACCACAGUACAUGGCUUCAUUUGCCUGGACAUAACUUCCGCUGGCUUCUCACCACCAUUCUGUUGUUCGUGCUGGUGUGUGAGAUCGCUGAAGGAAUCGUCUCAGAUGGGUUCAAUCAGUCCCGUCAUCUCCAUCUCUACAUGUCAGCGGGGCUUGGAAUACUGGCUGCUAUAACAUCGAUUGUCUAUUACCAUAACAUAGAGACCUCCAACUUUCCCAAGCUUCUUAUAGCAUUGCUGAUCUACUGGAUCUUGGCCUUUAUCACCAAAACUAUCAAGAUCAUAAAGUAUGAUGAUCACGGUAUUGGCCUGAGGCAUAUACGCUUCUGUAUCACAGGACUGCUGGUGCUCAUCUACAGGCUGCUGUUGGGCGUAGAGGUCAACGUUAUACUGCGGAGGUCCACAGAGGUAAAGCCUCCAGAUGAUCUUCAGGAUCUUGGCGUUCGAUUUCUGCAGCCAUUUGUGAACCUGCUGUCUAAAAGCACAUAUUGGUGGAUGAACACCUUCAUCACCUCUGCACACCAGCGUCCCAUUGACUUGAAGACCAUCGGUAAGAUGCCCAUAUCCAUGAGGGCGCUUACCAACUACCAGAAGCUCCGCAAGGCUUUCGACACACAAGUGGAGAAGUGCCCUGUCCCACUGAAAGGGUCGAGGUGGAUCUGGCAUGCACUCAGUCAGGCAUUCGGAGGACCGCUGAUGCUGAGCAUUACUUUCCGCUUCUUUUCUGAUCUGCUGGGUUUUGCUGGCCCUCUCUGCAUCUCUGGGAUUGUUCAUCAUAUCAGCAGUGAUAACCACACCGCUCUGCCCUCGGUCAUGUUUCUUGGAGUGCACUUUAUUUCCUCAGAAGCAUUCUUAGCCAACGCAUAUGUUCUAGUUGUGCUGCUUUUCUUGGCUCUACUGCUGCAAAGGACCUUCCUACAGGCAUCUUAUUAUGUUGCUAUAGAGACUGGAAUAAAGCUUAGAGCGGGCAUACAGACUCAGAUUUACAAUAAGAUCAUGCGUCUGUGCACGUCUAACAUGUCUAUGGGUGACAUGACAACAACUCAGAUCUGCAGCCUGGUGGCCCGUGACACAAACCACCUCAUGUGGUUCUUCUUUCUCUGUCCAAACCUCUGGGCCAUGCCAAUUCAGAUUGUCAUUGGAGUUUUACUCCAGUAUUAUCUCCUGGGAGUGAGCGCUCUGAUUGGUGCGACUGUCAUCGCUGUUCUGGCUCCUCUGCAGUAUUUUGUGGCCACUCGACUCUCACGAGCUCAGAAGAGUACUCUGGAACACACCAGUGAAAGACUAAAGAAAACCAAUGAGCUGCUGAGGGGAAUCAAACUCUUGAAGCUAUACACAUGGGAGCACAUCUUUAGAUCAAGUGUGGAGGAGACACGCAGGAGAGAACUGACCAACCUCAGAACAUUCGCACUGUAUACCUCCCUCUCUAUUUUCAUGAAUGCCGCCGUUCCUAUUGCUGCUGUUCUCACAAUAUUUGUGGUUCAUGUGCACGUGCACAGUGCUUCAGACUUCGAUCUGUCUCCCGCUGUGGCUUUCAGGUCCCUUUCACUCUUCCACAUCCUGGUCACGCCUCUCUUCCUGCUUUCCAGUGUCUUACACUCCACGGUCAAGGCUCUUGUUAGUGUGCAGAAGCUGAGUGAAUUUCUUGGCAGCGCAGAGAUUGAAAUCGAACUCGAUCCCACAGCCCAAACUCCAGCGAACAACAACGCCAAUACAAAGUCUGUUUAUGCGUUACAACUUCAGGCCAAUCUGGUGAAUAGUAAGAAUAAAGCCAAACAGGACGUUAACAGAAACUUUCAGCAAGACGACCAGGAACUGAGACAAACAUCUUCCCAAGAGGAUAAAGUCUGUAUGAAGAUUGUAAACGGCUGCUUCACAUGGACACAGGGAUGCCCGACUUUAACCAAUAUUGACAUUAUAAAAGUUCCCUUCGGUCAGCUGACCGUGAUUGUUGGGCAAGUAGGAAGUGGAAAAUCAUCCCUGUUGCUGGCAGCACUUGGAGAAAUGCAGAAGAUCUCUGGAAGCAUCACAUGGAACAGUUUGCCCAAGACUGAUUCAGAAGACAACAUGAGCCCCCUCCUCUACACCCUGCUUACCCACGACUGCACACCGUCACACGACUCCAACCUCUUCAUCAAGUUUGCGGACAACACGACUGUGGUGGGUCUCAUUAGCAACAGAGAUGAGACAAACUACAGGAGAGGAGAGAAGACAAAGGAUAUUGUUGUUGACUUCAGGAGAGUACACACUCAGCAUGCUCCUCUGACAGUCAAUGGUGCGACUGUGGAGAGAGUGAGCAGCACCAAGUUCCUGGGGGUGGACAUCACUGAGGAUCUCUCCUGGACUAACAACACCACAGCACUGGCCAAGAAAGCACAGCAGCUUCUCUACUUCCUCCGCAAACUGAGAAGAGCCAGAGCCCCAGCCCCAGCCCUCACACCUUCUACAGAGGACAUUUAUGGAACCCAUAUCACCAGCAAAGUUGCAGGUGAUCCCACCCACCCGACACACAGCUUCUUCAGGCUGCUACCAUCAGGGAGGAGACUGCGGAGUCUCCAGGCCAGGACCAGCACACUAAAGGAGAGCUUCACCCACCAGGCAGUCCUUCCACAACCAACCCCCCCACCACAACAUACACUGACCCGCACUAGUCACUUAGUGCAGCAUUGGACUGCUCACUACCUCAUUCAGCAUAGGAAGAGAGGUUCCGUCGCCUACGUUUCCCAGAGGCCUUGGCUCUUAAAUGCCACAGUUGAGGAGAACAUCCUCUUUGACUCGGCUCACAAUGAGAAGAGUAUCGUGAUACAAAACAACUUGGCCAAUUGUGCAUUUCCAUUUACUCAUUUAGCAUAUCAUUUUAUUCAAAUUCAUGAAACUAUUAUGAUGUCUCAGAUUAUAGCCAUGCGAGAUGGGACGGUGCAGACACAAGAGAGCUUAAAGGACAUCCAGUUUGCCGAGCCUGAACUGUUCGAACAGUGGAGAACGCUUAUGAACAGACAGAACAAAGAAAACAGUACAGAACUGAAGAGAAAGAGUUUCAGGAGGGCCAUGUACUCUAGAGAUACUCUGGCCACGGAGGAUGAAGAAGAAGAAGGCUCUACUACAACAGACGAGGACAGCCUCAGUGCGGAGCUGCGUCACAGGACCACUAUUCCCUGGAGCUCAUUAGCCACGUACCUGAGAGCUGCCGGCCUGCUAUUGCUUCUUCUGUUAGUUCUCUCUCAGCUGAACAAACACUCCCUCAUGGUCGCCAUAGACUUCUGGUUGGCUCACUGGACAUCACAAGUCAUAGCAGCACAGAUCGAAAGUGUGGAGAGGAACUGUACUGUAACACAGGACUGUGCGUUCAGUCACUCCUCAUACCUUCAGGUGUUUAGUGUGCUGUGUGCUCUGGGUAUCGUCCUGUGUCUGGUCACGUCUCUGGCAGUGGAGUGGAUGGGCCUGCGGGUGGCCAGAGAACUUCACUGCAGCCUCCUGCGCAUCAUCGUCCUCGCACCCAUGAGGUUAUUUGAGACGACUCCUCUGGGGAACAUUCUGAACAGGUUCUCAACAGACACUAACACAAUUGAUCAGCAUAUUCCGGUCACCAUGGAGUGUUUGAGUCGUUCCACACUGCUGUGUUUGUCUGCAGUUGGUGUGAUCUCUUAUGUCACGCCUGUAUUUCUCAUUGCUAUGCUCCCAUUGGCUAUCGCCUGUUACUUCAUUCAGAAGUAUUUCAGGGUGGCAUCCAGAGAUCUGCAGCAGCUGGAGGACAGCACUGAAACGCCUCUUCUGUCUCAUUACUCACAGACCGUAGAGGGACUUACCACCAUCAGAGCUUUUAGGCAUGAGCACAGGUUCAAGAAAAAAAUGCUUGAAUACACGGAUACAAAUAAUAUCUCCUCCCUCUUUCUCAUGGCAGCCAAUCGCUGGCUGGAGGUUCGCAUGGUGUACAUUGGGGCAUUUAUUGUUCUCAUAGCCGCUGUGGCCUCUAUAAGCAAUGCAUUAUACAGACAGCUUUCAGCAGGACUGGUCGGGCUGGGGCUCACAUACGCGCUCAUGGUGUCAAACUACCUCAACUGGAUCGUGCGUAAUCUGGCAGACAUGGAGGUGCAGCUGGGCUGUGUGAAGAGAGUCAACAGUCUGUUACACACACAGCCAGAGAACUACGAUGGACUCAUGACUCCAGCUCAGAUUCCCGCAGGUUGGCCGAAAUACGGAGAGAUCCAGAUCAAGAAUCUGAGCGUGCGCAACGAUAGCACCUUAAAACCUGUUCUAAGACACGUCAAUGCGCACAUUAAACCAGGACAGAAGGUGGGAAUAUGCGGGAGGACAGGAAGUGGAAAGUCAUCCUUUUCUUUGGCACUCUUCAGAGUGCUGGACACGUUUGAGGGGCAAAUUAUCAUAGAUGGUAUUGAUAUCGCCAAGCUGCCUCUUCAAACUCUCCGAUCAAAGUUUUCCAUCAUACUGCAGGAUCCGGUUUUGUUCAGUGGAACGAUUCGGUUUAAUCUGGAUCCUGAGAGAAAGGCCACAGAUCAAAUGCUUUGGGAAGCUCUUGAAAUUGCUCAGCUAUUGUCUGUUGUUAAAGCUUUACCCGGUGGUUUAGAUGCCAUGGUCACAGAGGGAGGAGAGAACUUCAGCCAGGGGCAGAGACAGCUGUUCUGUCUGGCCCGAGCUUUCGUGAGAAAGAGCAGCAUUCUCAUAAUGGAUGAAGCUACAGCAUCUAUUGAUAUGGCCACGGAAAGUAUUCUGCAGAAAGUGGUCAUGACGGCUUUUGCAGAUCGAACAGUGGUCACAAUAGCACAUCGUGUUCACACCAUCCUGGGCUCAGACGUGGUGAUCGUGAUGAAGCACGGUGGCAUUCUUGAAUAUGACGAGCCAGACGUCCUAUUGGAGCAGAAGGACAGCGUUUUCUCUGCAUUUGUCCGAGCAGACAAAUAGGAUAGACGUUUGGAUAGAGACAUUAGGUGUGGUUUAUAUGGCUUGUAUAAUAUUUGUAUAAUACAUUUAUUGUAAAAUAAUAAUCAAAUUCUAUUAAAAUGAAUUAUAAUAUAUACUAGAGGUCGACUGUGCAAAGUGUGAAUUUGAUGUGAAUAGCAUUCAUAAAAUGUCCCAUCUACCUGACACAUAGUAAUAUGAAAUCACACCAGUCUUUGCGACC